AUUAGCCGCAGCGGCCCCGCACCCCACCACCCUCGGCGGGCGGGAGCGCGGUACAACACAACGCAGCUGCUCCCCCUCCACCCUCGGCCCAGGCGGGAGGCAGCGCUGACCUGGAGCUGUGCCCGGCGGACAGCGCUGGGCCCGGCCUCGUUCCGCCGGCAGCCACGCAGCGCUCGCCUCCCUCCCGCCCUCCCCUUUCCUCUCACACGCGGCGAGAAAGGCACAAAAUGGGAAAGAAACAAAAUGGCAAAGGUAAAAAAGUUGAAGAGGCAGAGCCUGAAGAAUUUGUUGUGGAGAAAGUCCUGGACAGACGUGUUGUGAAUGGAAAGGUGGAAUACUACUUGAAGUGGAAAGGAUUUACAGAUGCUGACAACACGUGGGAGCCUGAAGAAAACUUAGAUUGUCCAGAGCUAAUUGAAGCUUUUCUGAACUCUCAGAAAGCUGGUAAAGAAAAAACAGAUGGUGCGAAAAGAAAAUCACUGUCAGAUAGCGAAUCUGAUGAUAGUAAAUCAAAGAAAAAACGUGAUUCUGUUGAUAAACCGAGAGGGUUUGCAAGGGGUCUUGAUCCUGAGAGAAUAAUUGGGGCUACGGAUAGCAGCGGAGAGCUUAUGUUCCUCAUGAAAUGGAAAGACUCUGAUGAGGCAGAUCUGGUGCUGGCCAAAGAAGCUAACGUGAAGUGUCCUCAGAUCGUAAUUGCUUUUUAUGAAGAACGACUAAGUUGGCAUUCAUGCCCAGAAAUGAAGCACAGGUGUUGUAUGCAUUGCUUUUUUUUUUUUUAUAAAUAUAUAUAUAUAUGAAUAUUACAACCUGAAAUUUGAUUUAUUAGCAAUGUGAGAAGCAUACAUUCUAACAAAAUUCAAAUUGGAUAUUUUUUUGAAGUAGUGUGUUUUGCAUCAACAGCGAGUAAAUAAAAGCUUUCUGCAACUCGUUUCAUUUAUCACAGGAGAGCGUUUGAUACUACUGCUUCCUCCAUAUUAGGUAAAAGCUUUUAUAAAACAUUCACGAACUUCCAUGGCUGUUAUUGAAUCUUAACGAAUGUCUAAACAAACUCACAGAUGUUUUGUAGUCUUCUAUACAGUUGAUGUGCAUGUAUCUUCCUUACCCAAACCUAGCCCCUUUACACCUGUAGAUUCAUUCUUUUUAGUAUUUGGGGUCACUUGAUCCCAAGAAGACCAGGUGAAAAUUAACUUUGUAGUAAUUUGAAUGUUAUCAGACUGUAUAUUGUUUACUUUAUUGUAAAUACUGGUGAACAGUGGUCAAUAAAAUAGUUUUAUAUUCUUCCUUUAUAAUGAUAGGCUGUGACUCUUUUGAAGCGAUAUGAUAUUUCUGAACUUUUUAUAUGUUAAGCUCUCAGUUCAUGGUGUAUUUAACUGUAAGUUGUUAUUUUGGGGAUAGACUGAUUGAUAUUUUACCCCAUUGCUACUCUGUAAUCACAAUACCAGACAAACAUCAGGCUUUGAUUCUCUCAUUUGUUUGGUAAAGCGUAAUAUUUCUUUUCAGUCAGAAAGAGCCAAUGUUUUUGGGCUGUGAAAUUCGUGUGCUCUGGGUACUUCAGUUGCACAGGUAGCAGCUGUACUGCCUGGCUAUGGCUGCUGGUCACAGGGCCAAGUGGCCUCUGCAGAUGUAUUGGAAAAUACCUGAUGUCUUGACAAUAUCAGCCUUUGCUUUAAUUUUUGGUCUUAUUAUGGGGCUAUACUGUAACAAGUGAUGGGAUGGUUCAGGUAGAAUUACUUUUUGGGCAGUGGCCUGGAAAAUACUUCCAUAGUUCUAUGCCUUUAAAGUAUAAUGUUUUAAUCCAGAUUCUAAACUGUAUACUUAUGAAUCAAGAGGCUUUGUUCCUCACUGAAUUUUACAAUGGGUAAUGUCAUCUGUUGCUGGGAGAAUGCCCUCAGGUUGGCAAAAGUAAGGGAUGGAGAAAUUGGAAGAAAAGAAAUCUACCUUUUUCCAUUAUUCUUCCAGUUAUUCCUCUCUUCCCUUGCUUUUGUCUACAUGCGUUCUUAUAUUUGGGUCGUGACUAGCAUGGCAGUUUGGCCUUAAGCUUUGCCUCUUCAUAGGUCAGUGGCCAACCCUGUUUUAGAAUUCCUCUGAUUAAGUUUUUACUAGUAUAAUCAUGUCAUGUGCUGCUGACACAGUCCUAUGGGAGAUGAUAGGAUUCCUUAAGAUUGGCUAUUCCUGGAAACCUUCACACGUAUCCUGAGGAGAAAACAAAGGUCUUUUUAAUCUUCUCUUGAUGUUCUUUUCAAUAGACACUCAUAAAUAGUGAUUAAAACCGUUUGUUCUCAUGUAGAUUCAAAAGCUGUUUAUGUGAUGAGUCAAACCAUUGUGAAAUGCUUAAUUGCAAGUAAACACUGGGAUGGUUAAAGUAAUGCUAAAUUACCUUUUUAGGUGUAACUGCUUUAUCUUCUCAGUAGUUUUUCUUACUGGAUUUGAGCUCAAUUCAGUCACUGUGGCUGUAGGAAAACAAAAGGUGUAGGUGGGGUUCCUUUAAUCUGGUUAAUGAUGAUUUCAGAGUUUAGCUUGCUUCUCUUGCCUGCUCCUUUGAGAAAUUUCCCUGAAUCUGUAGUAUGUGCAAGUCUGCAGAGUUAAUUGGGUCUCUAAUAGGAAUAUUCUUAUACCCAGUGUGUAGGAUUCCUAAAUGUUGUUUUUUUUUAUCCAGUUGCCUGAGAAAUACAUGGGCUAAAAGGAGAUUUCUAAAGCAGCAUGCAUUGCCCUCUCCUUCAGUAUGAAAUACUUUUGAAUUCAGAGUCUUAAAAUAUUUCACAGUUUGUGUUUUACUGCCUGAAAAGUUGCGGUUUCUUUGUUUCAAGAGUGGAUAUUGAGUUCAUAUAUAACGUUGCUGAUUUUAGUCAAUAUAGAUUGAAGAUUCAGGUACUGGUUAUCUUAAGUAGUAGGUGUGUAAAUAUUUAUGUUGAAAGGUUGUUUUCCCAAGCAAUUUGUAGCCUUUAAAAUGUUAUUUUGCAACUAGGUCCAGCUUUUACUUAUAUUUGAUUCUUCCUUCUGACAAUCUGUAAAUGCACUGUACUCACAUUUGAACUACUAUACAGCUUGUUACGGUUACGUAGAUCUCUGGUUUUUUACAUUACAGUGGUAGAAAUGCUGACUGGUAUUUGUUUCCUUUAGUUUUCCUCCCCUUCCCCCUUUGGUUUGUGUCAAACUGCGUUUUGACAGCGAUGAAAUGCAACACUUGGAAGUUACAAGUUGUGUCAAGUUAUUCCGAAUGCGCUUGGUACAUAUGCAAAAAGACAUUAUCAAAUGUUAGUAACUUGAAACUUGAUUAAAUAAAUGAAUUAUCUUCUGUA